CGUCGCGCAGGAUAGAAGCGUCUCGUAGGGCUUCUCUACGAGAGAUAUCCACCCCGAUCGGUCGCGGUCGGCGGCGUCAGGGCUCGAACGCGCGCUCGGGUCGUCAUCCCCCCGCGGAAUUGAUUGAGAUCAAUCGGUCGCGAUGUCGUCGGGCUUCCGCGUCCUGCACCUCGUCCGCCCUUUCCUCUCGGUGUUACCCGAGGUGAAGGCCGCUGACCGCAAGGUCCCUUUCCGCGAGCGCGCGCUGUACACCACGGUCGCGCUGUUCGUGUUCUUGGUGUGCUCGCAGCUCCCGCUGUACGGGAUCCACACCGCGAGCGGGGCGGAUCCUUUCUACUGGGCGCGCGUCAUCAUGGCGUCGAACCGCGGCACGUGCAUGGAGCUCGGGAUCUCGCCGAUCGUGACGUCCGGGCUGAUCAUGCAGCUGCUCGCGGGCUCGAAGAUCAUCGAAGUCGACGAGGCGGUCAAGGAAGACCGAGAGUUACUUAACGGCGCGCAGAAGCUCCUCGGCGUGCUGAUCACGAUCGGCGAGGCCGUCGCGUACGUCGUCUCCGGGAUCUACGGCGACGUCAGCGACCUCGGCGCGGGGAACGCGAUCCUCAUCAUCCUGCAGCUCUUCAUGGCGGGCAUGAUCGUCAUCUGCCUCGACGAGAUGCUGACGAAAGGAUACGGCCUCGGAAGCGGCAUCUCGCUGUUCAUCGCGACGAACCAGUGCGAGUCCAUCAUCUGGAAAGCGUUCUCCCCGACGACGGUCAACACCGGCCGCGGCGCGGAGUUCGAAGGCGCGGUGAUCUCGCUGUUCCACCUCAUCAUCACGAGGAAAGACAAGUUCAGGGCGCUGAAGGAGGCGUUUUACCGCGCGAACCUGCCGAACAUCUCGAACCUCCUCGCGACGAUUCUGAUCUUCCUCGUGGUGAUCUACUUCCAAGGCUUCCGCGUGGACCUCCCCGUGAGGUCCAAGCGCAACGCGCGAGGACUGCAGCAGUCGUACCCGAUCAAGCUGUUCUACACGAGCAACAUGCCUAUCAUCCUGCAGUCCGCGCUCGUGUCGAACCUUUACUUCAUCUCCCAGCUCCUGUUCAAGCGCUUCGGAGGGAAUUUCCUCGUGCAGCUCCUGGGGCGGUGGCAAGAGAGCGAGUCCACCGGGCAGUUCAUCCCCGUCGGCGGGUUCGUGUACUACGUCUCCCCGCCGACGUCCCUGAGCGACAUCGCGGCGAACCCGCUGCACGCGUUGUUUUACCUCACGUUCAUGCUCGGCGCGUGCGCGCUCUUCUCGAAGACGUGGAUCGAAGUCUCCGGCUCGUCCGCGCGCGACGUCGCGAAGCAGCUGAAGCAGCAGCAGAUGUUCAUGGUCGGCCACCGCGAGUCCUCGCUUCAGCGCGAGCUGAACCGGUACAUCCCCACCGCAGCCGCGUUCGGCGGGAUGUGCAUCGGUUUCCUCACCGUCGUCGCGGACUUCAUGGGGGCGAUCGGCAGCGGUACCGGGAUCCUUCUCGCGGUGACGAUAAUCUAUCAGUACUUCGAGACGUUCGAGAAGGAGCGCGCGCAGGAGUUGGGCGGCGUGCUGUUCUGAUGAGAAGGACGCGACGAGACGCGUCAGAGGGGGUGAUAUGUAAUACCGAACGACCUGAACGGUUGCUCU